UACGAUUUUCUGUUGAUAAUGUUAUGACGCUAUAUUUUGUAACAAAAUGCGGUUCGAUUUCUAUAUGAAUAUUGGUGCAAUACGCGUGUGCCGUAAGUUUAUUUAAAAAUAUACAAGCGAUUAACGAUUCAAAGUUAUGCUGUCGGAAUUAUUCGAUCGAUCUCUGUCCCUCUCUUAAUAGACACGUACACACUGAGAGAAAUUAUAAUUAUUUUCCUCAAUUAUUCACCCUCAAUUAUUUACUCUUUUUAUGUUUAAAAUAGUAGUAAUAAUAUGUAUGCCAAGUUAUUGCUGCUGACACACACUCUCUCUCUUUGUAGUAACACUUACUAGAAAAAAUGAAUCUCCCGACUACAAUUCUUUCGCUACGAUGAUUAUAGUUACGAAUAAUGUUUUUUCUCUCAGUAUACGCAUUCGUCUAAUCGAUCGGUUCUCAUGUCUCGUAAGGUAAGUCACCAAUCCCCCGCCACCGUUCGCCACAAUUAACUCUUGUACUGACACGCGCUCUUUUUUAGGUGGUCCAUAAGUUUUGCGUUGCAUUACGAAAAGUUCGCGCCGUCAUAUCUAAUACAACCUUCCGUAAAUCCCUGCGGAACUUCGAGUUACGAGUUAGGAAGAAUGGUGGAUCCGUUGAACGUUGAAUCCAACGUGAUCCAGAAAUCGUUCGUCGGGACCGAGUGCGAAUGGAAUGGGAAUGGCGGGGCGGAGCGAGAAGAACGGUCAUCGGGAGACGAGACAGACGUGAAGAAGAUGAGCACAGAUCCGAGAGCCAAUUCGCGAAUCGAGGCGGCGGCGAGUCGACCGGCCAAGAGGAGGGCGACGACGUGCGUGGAGUGCGAGCAUUGUCGGCGCAAGUUCCUGGAGAAGAGCAAUCUCGCGGAGCAUCUGAAGCAACACAGGCAGCGCGCCCAAGACUGCCCGAAGACAUUCAGCCGACAACACUGCCUGAUCGCCGAGAAGGAUCACCAUCAGCAACGGGUGUACGAGUGCAGCGUGUGCGAGUACAAGAGCAACAAUAAGGGCACCCUGAAGAAUCACUACAUCCGGCUGCACACGAGCAGCUAUGACUACUCGUGCGACACAUGCGGCAAGCAGUUCAAGAUCAAGAAGGCGCUGAACCACCACAUGAAGCAGAACCACGGCGGCGCGCCGCCGAUCGUCUGCGACGUGUGCGGCCAUUACAGCAAAAACCUGCACGCUCUCAAGGCCCACAUGAAGUACCGUCACUACAAGCCGGAGUUCGUUUGUCGGAUUUGCCGGCGCGGCAUGACCACGCAGGAGAACCUCGAGCAGCACCUCACGUGGCACGAGACCCGGGAGAAGGUGCUGUGUCCGACCUGCGGCAAGAGGUUCCGCGGCCGCGACCUUGACUCGCAUAUGCGAGUGCACACCGGCGUGAAGCCGUUCCCCUGCCCGGUAUGCGGCAAAACCUUCCGCCGUCAGACCGCCCAGGAGCAGCAUGUACUGAUUCAUACGGGCAAGAGGCCCUACAUCUGCGACAUCUGUGGCCAGGCGUUCGCUCAGAAGCCCGGUCUGAUCUGCCACAGGAAGAGGCACCCCGGGCCGCUUCCACCGCUACCGGUGGUCUCCAUCAAGAGUAUCGUUACGGAGUUCACGAGGGAAUACGCGACUAAAAAUGCGCUCAUCAAGAUCGAGUAGAAAGGACACGUAGGAGGGAAUGGAGGAAAGAGAGAGAGAGAGAGGGAGAGAGCUCGUACUCUGUCUGUCCAAUGCACUCUCCGGCGAGAAGGCAUCGUGGAAUUAUGUCUACAGGCGCUUUCCUCACGCCGAGUUUUCGCGGCCGAAUGUCACUCUACGAGUUUUUCUAUUGUAUUUUACAUUCGCUUUUUUCCAAUAAAUCCACGGUUUUCGUAUAUUUUUAAUAAAUCUGUUAACAUUUUUUGCGCGUAUAAGUGUUGAUAUGCGAGAAAGAGUUAGCGAUUUUUCCUUAAGCGCACAGCCCUGCGUCACACGCCGCUCGUUAUCAGUUGAUAUCUACAGUUGUUCCACAGGAAAUCAUAAGAUAUCUUUCUUACAAGCUGAAAGCCAUCUUUCUUGACUGGCUUGCAGGCUCCUCUGUCGCUUUCGAUUCACUCAUGUCGUUUAAUUCAACGCUCGGAAUUAUUUGCAUUUUCGAAGUGAUUUCGAAGGCUACGCCUAUUUAUCUUCCCCCUGUCUUUCCCGCUCGUCCUUUGAGCCAUGUGAUUGAUGAAAAAUUGAGAAAUAUUCUGUAUUCGUCGUGCAGAGUGUUGUUAAUAUCAACGAAUAUCUCGAUAACAAUACUUAAGAUGUACAUGAAAAAGAAUUAGCUUCAAUUAGUUUAAUUUCUAUUUCCCUACCUUCAAUUCGUAUUUUAUUUCUUGUUUUUGUUUAAUCAUCGUUGAGAAAGCUUAGCCUCUUGAAAGAUCAAAAAGAGAACUGGACAGAUAAUUUAAUAUUCGAUACCGCAAUUAAGCUCAGCAAUUGAGCUAUAGAUCCCAUUUCGCGUUUGGCAUUACUUAAUUCGAUCCAAUUUGUG